AGAAGAAAGAAAAAAGGAAGCCUUUUUAUCAGAAGAAUCCGUAAACCAUUAUUUUCUUACCCAUUCUCGUCGUCUCCAACAUCUCAUCAGGAUGUUAUCGUCAUUAGGGAUGAUAUGCAGUUGCUCUUACAAACCCUCUACUCCAACAAGUUUCCAUGGUGACUCACUCCCUUCCAACCCCCACACCUUUAAUUUCAACCUACCCAAGCUCUCUGCUCACCCUAAACUUAUCCAUGGUUCCACAACAUUUCGGAACCGUGCUCCUGCUAUAGCGGCGGUAUCGGAAACAAUUGCAACAGAAACACCCCUAGAAUCUGAGAAGCUGGGAGUGGUUGUGAAGCCGAUGGAGAAACCAAGGUUAGUGUUGAAGUUCAUCUGGAUGGAGAAAAACAUCGGUUUAGCACUAGACCAAGUGAUUCCAGGAUACGGGAGUAUUCCAGUAAGUCCUUACUAUUUUUGGCCAAGGAAAGAUGCUUGGGAAGAGCUUAAAGUGAUGCUCGAGAGUAAGCCAUGGAUUUCUCAAAAGCAGGUGAUUAUUCUUCUUAAUCAAGCUACUGAUAUCAUUAACUUGUGGCAGCAGAGUGGUGGUGAUAUACAGUAAGUUCUGAAUUCUUUAGAUAUGUUGUAGAUUGUGGCGACUUGUUGCAGGCUGAUAGAGAUGAUUGCCAUUUAAGUUGUGUGUGUUUUUCUUGGUUUAUUGGCAUCUACUCCUGUUUCUUAAUUCAGUACACUGCUUUUUCUUUCUGUUACCUACCCAUUUUUUUUUUGAUGAAAUACAAUACCUAGAGAAAUGUUUUACCUA